AAGCGUGAAGAUGACAAAACCAUAAAAUUAACACCACGCGAACGAAGAUUUAUCAAAUUUGCUUCAGCUGAAUAUAAUGGACAGCUUUAUAUGACACCGCAGGAUUUUUUGGACUCAGUUGUGGAACAAGAACCCAGACCACGCCUUAAGCGUCGAUCAAUAAUGACUAAUGACUUAAAUCGUAUUAAAGACACAACACCAGCAUUGAAGAAAGGUUCAGCUCGUAUGUUUAGAACUCUCAGAGAUAAUGGCAUUAUUUCAUACACCGAAUAUUUAUUUCUUUUAUCUGUGCUAACAAAACCAAUUUCCGGAUUUCGCAUAGCUUUUAAUAUGUUUGAUACUGAUGGAAAUCAAAGAGUCGAUAAAAAGGAAUUUUUAGUGUUAAAACAUAUUUUCGGUGGUUCAUUUAACGAAAGAAAUUUGGAUGAAGACACACGCCAAGUUGUAAGCAUUUUUUUUUUUUUACUUUUUUUUUAAUUUCUAACUGUAUG